AUGUGUCUUUUGCAGGGUAAACUUUUUGACUCUACAGUAACUGAUGAAGGAACGUGGACGUUAGAAGAUAGGAAGCUGAUACGAAUUGUUCUAAUGAAGACAAAUCGAGAUGCUGGAAACUGUUGGACAUCUCUGUUAGAAAAUGAAUACGCCGCUGAUCCUUGGGUACAGGACCAGAUGCAAAGGAAACUUACACUGGAACGAUUCCAAAGAGAGAACCCUGGAUUUGACUUCAGCGGGGCAGAAAUUUCUGGAAAUUAUAGCAAAGGAGGACCAGACUUUUCUAGUCUUGAACAGUAAACUGGUUUUAUCUGUGUUCCUUGAGAGGAAUUACAAAUUACCCUUCAGGACUGGAAUCAUGUAACUGGUGAAGACUUCAGUGAUCUCUUCAACGGAUUGUCGUCAAGUAAUUAUUUCAGUGAAGAGAAAGAAGAUCUCUUCCAGUAGAAUGAAGACAAAGUCUUACCAGCUGAUUUAUAAGCUGAGGGACAAACUAUAGAGAAAGGUGUACACAAAUAAGUAACAUCUUUAAGCA